CUGUGUUGCUCACAGGGGGUGUGAGCGAGCGAGCAAGCGAGCGUGCGAGUGUGUGUGUGUGUGCAGCAUCACCGGGCUGGGAGCACCGCACGUUGCCCGAGCCAUGCGAGACGUUGCAGCCGGCCCCGCGCCGCCCCCGGCAGCCGCCCCCCACCGCCGUGCUGCCCAGCUCGGGGGCUGCAGCCAGUGACGGAGGCGGUGAGCCCAUGGCUGUGCCGGCAGCCAGCUGAGAGCCCGCGCCGCCGCGCCUCGCCUGCCGAAGCCGGGCCUGGACUGCGGCCGCAUGGUGGAGGAGAGCGCGGGCAGAGGAGAGCGGGGGUCCCAGUGGGUGCUGCGGGGUCCCCCCCGGCCCCCGCCAGCCCCCAGCCCCGUGACGGUGGUGAGCAAGGGGCUGUGGAGCGUGGAACGAGCCGGCAAGGGCUGGCGUUUGGAGCGCGCCGUCGGGGUGGACUGCAGCUCGCCUGAGCCCCGCUGCAUCUGGCUGAGCAGCCUGCGCCGGCACGCUGCCGCCCUGGACCACCGCUGGCCCCCGGCCCCCCGGCACGGCCACACACCCCCCUGCACCGACAAGUGCCACCGGCAGCCGACGGCGGGCCGGAGAGAUGGGGCGUCCCCGAACGCCAAUGUGCCCCUGGAGGGGCCCUUCCCCUGGGUGGGCCCGAAGACGGUGGUGCUGCGGAAGAGCUCGCAGGGGGGAUUCGGCUUCACCCUCCGGCACUUCAUCGUCUACCCCCCGGAGUCGGCGGUGCACUCCACCGCCAAGGAGGAGGAGAACGGGAACCGAGCAGGUCCCCCCCGGAGCCGCCUGGAGCCCAUGGACACCAUCUUCGUGAAGAACGUGCGGGAGGAUGGGCCGGCGCACCAGGCUGGGCUGCGCACCGGGGACCGGCUGGUCAAGGUGAACGGGGAGAGCAUCAUCGGGAAAACCUACUCGCAGGUCAUCGCCCUGAUCCAGAACAGUGACGAUGUGCUGGAGCUCUCCAUCAUGCCCAAGGACGAGGACAUCCUCCAGCUGGCGUAUUCGCAGGAUGCCUACCUGAAGGGCAACGAGCCGUACUCUGGUGGGGCGCAGAGCAUCCCCGAGCCCCCCCCCAUCUGUUACCCGCGGAAGACGUACCCCUUCCAGGCGCGGGGUGCCGAGCCCCCCCCUGGCCAGCCGCCGGAUGCCCGUGCCCACCACCCCGCCGCCGCGGGCCCCUCGUCCCCGCUCGGCACAACCACGCUCGCCAGCACCUGGAGAGAGGCGGGUGGCAGCCCCGUGCACCGCCCCGACGAGCUGCAGCCUGGGGGUCCCCCCCCACGCCCCACCGCACCCCACGGACACCCCAGCUCCUUCUCCCGCACCGGCUGCCCCAGCAACGUCGCAUCCUCUCUGCCUGACCGCUACGGGAUGCCCCCCCCCACCCCCUCCUGCUACGGGGUCCCCAAGCACGUCGCGGAGCACCAGACUCACUGCGGCUUCAAGGAGGGCGUCGGGGGGCUGUCGGGGGCCGGGCGGCCCCCCCGGGAGGCAGCGGGCAGCCAGCGUGUCCCCGGCCGGCAGGAGUGCCAGCAGGCUCUGUCCCGCUGGUUUUGCAGCCAGGAGCCACGGCGGAGUGCCUCGGAGGAGCGGCGGCACGCCAUGCCGCCCCGCUACCGUAGCGUGUCCCAGGACCGGUUGGGGGGCUCGGCGGCGAACCCCCGGGGCUGGCCGCACAGCGCCUCGCACGACACCCUGCUGCAGCCCUCCCGCGAAGGCUGGGCGCCCCGCGCCCGCUCCGACCACUACCUGGGCAGGUACGGGCGCUCCAUGGAGGCGCUGGAGCCCGGCGCCCUGCUCUCCCCUCGCCUCGACCGCUCCGCGUGGCCACCCCAGAGGGUCUGCCGGGCCACCGUCACCACUGCCGCGCAGAUCAUCCCGCACAGCUCCUUCACGCCUUCCUCCUCCUCCUCCUCCUCACGGGAGCCGGCGCCUGUGCAGAAGCACCCGUCGCAGCCCAACCUGCAGAGCGUGGAUGAUUCGGGCUACAUCGGCUACCGGAGCUACAGCCCAUCCUUCCAGCGCCGCACCGGGCUGCUGCACGCUCUCUCCUUCCGCGAUCCGGCUUUCGGUGGCCUGCCCACCUUCAGCAUCUCGCAGCGGCCGGCCGCCCCGCUCCCGGAGAGGGUGAUCCCCGCCAUCCCACCGCCCACCGGCCCCCCCCCGAUGCCUACCGCACCCAGGGAGCAGCGGCCGGAGAGCAGCCGGGUGCCCGAGCAGCCGGAGGAGCGGAGGGAAGAGGUGGUUUUGCGGCAGAAGCCGCCCACGGGCCGCAAGAUGCCACCCCCCCUGCGGCAGAUGAACUUUGUCUUCCCCGAGGGGGUGAAGGAGACGGACAUUUGUGACCCCCCGCCGGCUGGCAGCAAAGGGGAGAGGCCGGCGGCCGAGCGGCAAGGCCGGCGUGUGGCUCCCUUGGCAGCCCCCGAGGACUCGCUGGCGUCCAUCCCCUUCAUCGACGAACCCACCAGCCCCAGCAUUGACCUGAAGGCCAAGCACAUCCCCGCCUCCUCGGUGGUCUCCAGCGCCAUGAACUCCGCACCCGCCGUCGCCACCAGCCCCUCCUCGCCCACCUUCGCCUUUGCGCUGAGCCGGCACUACUCCCAGGACUGCAGCAGCAUCAAGGCCGGCCGCCGCUCGUCCUACCUCCUGGCCAUCACCACCGAGCGCUCAAAGUCCUGCGACGAUGGUCUGAACGCAUUUCGGGACGAGGGGAAGAUCCUAAGGAGGAUGCCCAGCCGGGUCCCCAGCCUCCGCAUGCUGAGGAGCUUCUUCACCGAUGGGUCUCUGGACAGCCUUGGCACGUCCGAAGACGCCCGCUCCAAAAGACACUCAACCUCCGACCUCUCGGACGUCCCGUUCAGCGCCGUGAGGAAGGAGGGCUGGCUCCACUGCAAGCAGAUCCUCACCAAAAAGGGGAAGAAGGUCGGUGGAGGCAUCCGGCAGUGGAAGCGCGUCUUCGCCGUGCUGCGCACCCACUCGCUGUACCUGUGCAAGGACAGGCGGGAGGCGGUGACCUGCGCCCCGGCCCCAGGUGAGGAGGAGCCGCCGAUCAGCAUCCGAGCGUGCCUGGUGGACAUCUCCUACAGCGAGACCAAGAGGAAGCACGUCUUCCGGCUGACGACCGCUGACUUCUGUGAAUAUCUCUUUCAGGCAGAGGAUCGGGAAGACAUGCUGGCCUGGAUCAAAGUCAUCAGGGAGAACAGCAAGGCUGAGGGCGAGGACCCCGGUUUUGCCAGCCAAGCGCUUAUCAACAAGAAGUUAAACGACUACCGGAAAGUGAGCCCCGCAGGUGCCAAGCCCGAUUCCUCACCCAAGGGCUCUCGUGGGCUGGGGAUCCGAGCCGAGUUCCUGAAGCAGACGGGAACCAGCACGCCCCGGUCCCCCAGGCAGGAUGCGGCCGUCACAAAAGAUGAGAGCGGCUCCCAAAAAGCCCCAUGGGGCAUCAACAUCAUGAAGAAGAACAAGAAAUCUGUCCCCCGGGCCUUUGGCGUGAGGCUGGAGGACUGCCAGCCUGCCCCGGACAACAAGAACGUCCCCCUGAUCGUCGAAGCUUGCUGCAAGGUGGUGGAGGACCGAGGGCUGGAGUACAUGGGCAUCUACCGCGUGCCCGGGAACAACGCGGUGGUGUCCAGCCUGCAGGAACAGCUCAACAAGGGAGCCACCGAGAUCAACCUGCAGGACGAGCGGUGGCAGGAUCUGAACGUCAUUAGCAGUUUGUUGAAAUCCUUCUUCCGAAAGCUGCCGGAGCCCCUCUUCACUGACGAUAAGUACAACGACUUCAUCGAGGCCAACCGGAUAGAGGACGCCAGCGAGAGGAUGAGGACGCUGCGGAAGCUGAUCCGGGACCUGCCAGGUCACUACUACGAGACACUCAAGUUCCUGGUGGGUCACCUGAAGACCAUCGCUGACCACUCGGAGAAGAACAAGAUGGAGCCCCGAAACCUGGCCCUGGUGUUCGGCCCCACGCUGGUGCGGACGUCCGAGGACAACAUGACCGACAUGGUGACGCACAUGCCCGACCGCUACAAAAUUGUGGAGACCCUCAUCCAGCACUCAGACUGGUUCUUCAGCGACAAGGAGGACAAGGGCGAGAAGACCCCCGUGGAUGAGAAGGAGGCUCAGUCCGUGCCCAACAUCGAGUACCUGCUCCCCAACAUCGGCAGGACCGCGGCGCCCGGCGAUGCCGCAGGCUCGACCCGCAGCGGCUCCGCCAAACCGAAGGGCACGUGGCCGUCGCGGAAGGCGCCGCCGCACCGGGAGCUCCUCGCCAUCCCCUUCGUCUCGGCCGCUGCCCGCAAGAGGAGGAAGAAGAGAGAGGCCGAGGGCGUCGGGAGCAGCACUGACGAUGACAUGGAGCGCAGGGACACCCCGGGCCGGGAGCGGGAGGUCGAGGGGACCGCGGCCACCCUGCCAGCACCCGGCAAAGCCCCCUGCAGCACCGGCGCCGAGGCGGCGGCCCCCAGCCCGGCCGGGAUGGAGCAGGAGAGCUCCCUGGAGCCUGGGGGUGCCGGGUCCGAUCUGGCGCCGGACGCCCGCUCCAUCGUGUCAGGCUACUCCACCCUGUCCACCAUGGACCGCAGCCUGUGCUCCGAGGUGCAGUCGGUGGCCGGGAGCCGCGGGGAGGAGGCGGAUGACGAGCGCAGCGAGCUCAGCCACAUGGAGACGGACACGGAGAGCCGGGAGGGCGCCCGGCCCCGGCCGGGGCAGGCAGACGGGGGGACCGGGGACGAGGACAAGGAGCCCCCCGGCCGCCCCUCCUUCAACUCCCACCGCCUGAUCCAGUGCGACACGCUGGCCCGCAGGAAGCUGGGGCGGCCCCGGCCGGUCGGCGAGACCCCGGCACCCACCACGGAGGACCAAGGCUGGAUCCCCCCAGGACGACCCUCGCUGCGGGAGCAGCUCCGGCAGCGCCUGCGAGCCUCGGCUGACGACAUGGGGGUCCGCCUGCGCCGAGCCCACUCCCCUGAGACACGCCGCAAGAAGAGCAGCUGGCGUCGGCACACCGUGGUGGUGCCCGGCGGCAUCAAGGACCUCAACUUCAACGAGUGGAAGGAGCCGCGGGGGCUGGAGGUGGCCCCGGGACCCUGCCACGACAAGGACUCGGGGCUCAGCAGCCUGGAGUCCACCAAAGCCCGGCCCCCGGCCCCCGCCCCGGCACAGCCCGGCACUGCCGGCGAGGUGCCGGGCACCAAGAGCCCCCCGGGCAGCCCCGGCCCCCCGGCCCCCCUGCGCUUCCCCCAGUGUCUCUGACCUCCCGAGAUGCCCCCGCCGUGGCUCCCCCCGCCCCCCAGCCAGCGUUUAAUUUAAGGACUCGCCUUUGUUCGUGUAUUUAAUUGUGCUCUGGACAAGCUGCUGUUAUUUAAUGAGUCUCCGUGGUCCCCGUGCCACGGGUGGGACAAAGCCAACUUGUCCCCCUCGCCUCGGGGACCGGCGGGGUCCCACGGUGGUCCCGUGCCGCAGCCUGGUGCCCCGGCCCCCGGGCAGUGCCAGGAGGGUUGGAGGGGGCUCAUGGGGACUGUCCCCCCUCCCAGGGUGGUGGUGGCCCUGCUGACCCCGGCUGCAGCGGUGUGAAGUGCGGGCGCUUCCCUGGGUGCUGCGGCCACCCACGCCGGACACCACCCUGGGGAUCCCUGACCGGGGCCCUUUGCCGGGGUGCGGCUGAGCCGGGGUGGCCCUUGGGGUGACGGACGGGGUCCCCGUGGGCUGGGUGUUCGCGUGGGAGCGGGGGGGGGGGGCUGGCACAGAGGGGCACCCUGCGGGGGGGGGGACGCUGCACCCCCACGAGCCACAGCCACGAUCCGGCAGCAGCUUGGGACCCCGGCGUGCGGCGCGGCACGGCACGGCACGGCACGGGACAGCCCCCUGCCCAGCCCCGCUCCCCUUCCUACCCCCCCCAGGCCAGAAGCACUUUAGGAAGGGGGUGCAGUGCGGCCGCCCCGGGGGGGGGACACGUGGCUGGCGGGGGCGCAGGGACCCCCAGCCUCGCCAUGCGGGCACACGCGUGCCACGGGCUCGGGCGGCCGCUGCCAGGGCCAUGGGGGGGGGGGGAUGUCAAGUCACGUCACUGUUUCUCCGUGUCGUUCUCAUACGUUAUGCAAAUAUUUGCUGUAAAGUUGUUUUUUUUUUCUUUUUUUUUUUUUUGUGUAAAUAUUGUCUCUGACUGUGUAACAUAUUACAAAGGAUUUAUAAGGAUUUUUUUAAGAAGUUUUGCUCAGCUGAAAGGCCACCCCCGACCAGGGGACGUGCUGGACCAGUGUUGACUUUUUAAACCCUCCUGCAUGUACCCCCCCCCCCCCCCCACCGGCGUGUUGUACGAGUCGGCUGCUGAGCCGCUAUAUGCAAAACUGCAAAAAAAACCCAACCAAAAAAAAAAAAACCAAACCCAAAACCAACCAAACCCACCCCGCUUCGGACGCUGCCCCCCCCCCAGUCCCGGUCUAUAUAUUGGAAAUAAACUGGUUA